AUGUCGGGCCUUGAGAUAGCAGGCGUUGUGCUGGGUUCGUUGCCACUCGUCAUCUCAGCCUUGGAGCACUACGCCAACGGAAUCAACACGGCGAAGAGGUUCUGGCGAUAUAAGACUGAAGUCCGAUCCCUGAUUCUCCAAAUCAACACCGAGCGUGGCAUUUUCAUCAAUACAGUCGAGCAGCUGCUUACGGGGAUUGUAAGGAUCGAGCAAAUGACCGACUUUGUGUCGAGCCCUGGAGGCGAGAUAUGGCGGGAAGUGGGGAUUGAACAGAAACUGAAAGACAGAUUGCGGGGAGCGUACGAUAUAUACCUCGACAACGUGAGAGGUAUGGAAGUGUCGUUGCGAGGAAUGAUGAUGAAGCUAGCUCUGGACCCCGAUGGGAAGCCUCAAUUCUCCGACCCAGGCCUGUUCAAGCAGGAGUACAAACGGCUGAAGUUCAGCAUCAGCAAGUCGGAGUAUACUGAGCAACUCAGCGACUUGAAGAAUUUUAACCAGGCCUUGACACGUCUCACCAAACAGUCUCUCGAGCUAGAGCCGUCCCGCACGGAAUCGAAACCUCGCUCCUGCCCAAACUUCUGUGCUUUACAGAGUUAUGCGCGAAGCUUGUUCGAAACCAUACGAUCUGGGCUGCAAUGCGGGUGUGACGGCCACGAAGUCAAGCUGCGACUUGAAAACAGGAGCUGGAGAGUAGAGAAAGAGGAAGACUUACUCGAGCACACACCCUUUCGCGUCAUAUUUAGCUACGCUACUGACACUGGCCCAUCUUUGGUAGCCUCUACUUCCUGGAACUGGAAAGAGGCGAACAUUCGAUACAUAGUAGACAAGCCGAAGCAAGUAGCUCUCUCACCAUCCAAGGACCACGCCUGCCCCCCACCAAGGUCUACGAGACGCGUGAGAUUCAACCAGGUACAAGUUCAAGAGAGUAGCAGCAGCUCAACGGUAACCGUCGUCGAGCAGCAGAUGAUAUCUCCUUCCAAACCUACGCCUGAGCAGAUACAGGACCUCUGUAAGACAAUUGCAAAAUUACAACCACCAGAGCGAGACCUAUGUAUCGGCUACUUGAUGGAUAGCGUCCAGCGGAAACAUGGCAUCUACCCUCUUCAGUCACCACCUGGUUGCGACCAGCAGCAAUGGGUAGCCUAUUCACUGCGCCAAAUACUCACCAAGCGCGCAAACAUCAACCGGCGCUUGACACAGCACGAUAAGCUUCGAGUAGCAGUAGAUCUUGCCUCAAGUGUUUUACAGCUCUACAAGACACCAUGGCUCGAUGAGCAGUGGAGCGACAACGACGUCUACUUCAUCCACCGGCCAGGCAUCUCACUAGCCACCGUCUUUGAGCACCCAUUCGUGUACCGCAAGUUGUCAUCAACACCUCCUACCCAACCUGCCAGUACCCAGCAAGGAGCAUGCAGAGUGAUUCGCAAUCAGACGCUGUUCGCACUCGGUAUUCUGCUUAUUGAACUCUUGUACGGAAAACCGAUCGAGGAGCUCCAGUCGCCGCGCGAUCUCGAGUGUGUGGGUACGCCAGGAGUGGCUUGGUGCACGGCGGAGAGGCUCAUCGAAGAGGAAAUUGAAUAUGAAGCAGGGCCGCGCUACUUGGAUGCAGUCAGACGGUGCAUACGGUGCGACUUUAAUAAGAAAGACUCGAGCCUCGAUGACGAGGAGUUUCAGCAGGCGGUGUUUGAUGGGGUCGUGGCACCGCUGGAGAAGACGUUGCAGCACUUUACGAGUCUGGACUAA